AUGACCAACAGGUAUAUCCUCCCAGUCGCUCUCCUGUUGUAUUUCUCCACUACAGCUCUUUCCGAGAGCUACAACUUGCUUCGAUUCCAACUAAGAAGCAGCAGUUUGGCGUGUGUGGAGCUCCUGCAGCAGUUGAAUGGAAGCCCUCAAUAUUGCCUCAAGGACAGGAUGAACUUCAAGGCCCCUGAGGAGAUUGAGCGAUCACAGCAGUUCCAGAAGGAGGACGCUGUCCUGGUCAUCCACGAGAUGCUUCAGCAGAUCUUUGGUAUCUUCAGAAGAAAUUUCUCAAGAACUGGAUGGAAUGAGACCGUGGUUGAGAACCUCCUUAGUGAACUCUAUGUGCAGAUGGACCAUCUGGAGACAAUCCUGGAGGAAUCCACAGAGGAGGAAAACUUCUGGGAAAACAUGACCAUCGUGCACCUGAAGAGAUACUACUUACGGCUCGUGCGGUACCUGAAGGCAAAGGAGUACAGCAGGUGUGCCUGGACAGUAGUCCAGGUGGAGGUCCUCAGGAACUUUUCCUUCCUUGAUAGCCUUACAAAUUACCUCCUAAACUGA